AUGCUGACGGCAAUAUCGACUCGCUGCCGACUGAUAUGCAGGGUAAUCCAUAUUGGGGCACCUGCCUCAGUUGAGGCUCGUGUCCGUGGAUGUUCGGCCGAAGGAGCUAGUCAUCGAGCUUUGAAUACAUGGCAGCGCGGUUUCCUUUCUGACGGCGACGACGAGGCUGCACGCGCGGCUAUUCUUGAGAAUGCUCUCAAGGGCAGGCAGCCAACUGAUCUCAUGCUCAGGUGCACCAUUCUUGAUGCGCAAGGAUCCGUCAAGAGCGUGUCCGGUCAGUUUACAAAGUCCGACUUGUGCGCCGAACACCGUCUCAAUCCCCGUGACCUUCGGAAAAUUGAUUCGCGUAUACCGAACCUUGUUCCGACCAUUCUCACACGCAAAGAAGCCAUUCUUGUUAACAUUCUCCAUAUUCGCGCCCUUGUCAAAGCGGAUGCGGUAAUACUGUUUGACUCGUACGGAAGCGUCGACUCGAGACUCCAUUCGGUAUUUUUGUAUCAUCUUGAACAUAACCUAAAGCAAAAGUCCACCACUCUUCCAUAUGAGUUCCGUGCCCUUGAAUCAAUUCUGGUUUCCGUCGUGUCAGCGCUCGAAGCCGAGAUGGUCUUUACCCGCCACCUGGUUGCGGGACUUUUGGCUGAACUAGAAGAUGACAUUGACAGGGACAAAUUCAAGCGAUUACUACACUACUCCAGGAGAUUACAGAGCUUUACUAAUAGAGCCAAACUAGUACAAACAGCGUUGGAGGAGGUUUUGCAACAGGGUAGGUCGGUGACGUAUUAUGAUGACCAUGAUUUUAAUCACCCCAUUUUUAACUUUCUCUCGGUAACCCAUAUCGAUCGUGCUAAACUCGACUCAGACGAAGACAUGAAUCAUAUGUACUUGACCGACAAAAAACUUGGAGUAGAACGCAAAAUGGAGGACCACGAUGAGCUGGAGGUUUUACUCGAGUCAUUUGACAAACAAGUGGAGGAGAUUGUCAACGAAGCGGAAACGACUAUCAGUAACGUGCAAUCAACACUGGAAAUUGUCGAGCUAAUUCUGGACUCUAACCGUAAUGCCCUCCUCGCCCUGGACUUGAAAGUCUCCAUUGGUACUUUUGGAAUUGGUGCAGGGGCUUUAGUGGCGGGGCUAUUUGGGAUGAACUUGCAAAGUCAUCUUGAGGACGACAGAUUUGCAUUCUUCGCCGUGUCGGGGGUAGCAAUGGGGAUCUUGCCUGCCCCAUUAUUUCGCGCUCUCGGGUUGCUAUUCUAUGUUCACAUUAUAUCCGCACUGAUCUCCCUGGAACCUGGACCACAUGUUGCUUAA